AUGAAUGUGUACGGUGGGUCUGAUGUAGAGAGGAAGAAGGAUCAGGGGGUCAGAGGCUCUGUGAUAACAGGAGCCACCAUCCGCAGCCCUGCAGCCGUGCUGAUAGAAGACCAGAGCUCCACCAACAUGAGCUGCGAGGCCUCCGGCUCCAUCAGCACCAGGGUGUGGAUGAAGGACGGGCGGCCGCUCCUCCGCGGCGACACAGUGAGUUUCUCCGCAGACAACCGGGUGGUGUUCAUACAGCCUGUCCACAGCUCCAGCCGCGGCUCCUACCAGUGUGAGCUCAGCAACCCGGUCAGCACCGCCACCACGACCUUUAACCUCACAGUCAACUUCGGGCCACACAACAUCUCCAUCGCCGGCCCAUCAGCAGCUCCACUGGGUCAGAGAGUGACGCUGCAGUGCAGAGCUGACUCGGUUCCUCCGGCAAACUUCAGCUGGACGCUCGACGGCAACGACACCCGCGUCAGCAGCGCUGCAUAUGUUAUAGAGAGUCUGGCAGCAGAAAGCACAGGGAACUACACCUGCACUGCCAGAAACGCAGUCACAAUGCGCCAGAACUCCACCGUCCUGAGUCUCAGAGCACCCGGCGCUGCCCUCUGCUGGUCGCUGCCAGUGCUGCUGCUCAGUGCAGCGAUGCUGAGAGAGUUCACGUAGGAGGAAGAGGAGGGUGAGGCAUGUUAAUCAUUUACUG